UGGAGGUUAGUGCUUUUCGACUCUGAUUGUGUGUGGUGAAACAUCCCCAGUGAGACGACUGCGAGUGGACGGCGGAUAAGUCCAUAACUUUUUGUUUUCUGUUUAUUAUUACCUGAAAGUGAAUUAUCGUUAAAAAAUAUUAAUAUUUAAACUCUCUAAUUUAUCAAUCAUUCCACAUCACUGGAAACGUACAGGCAGUGGCAACGAGACACGCAGUUGUUCCCGACCAAUCGACUACAUUUUUUUAGGGAAAAAAAAUCAUACAAUUUAUUGUUCUGGUCGUUUGGAAAGAAAAUAGGCUACCGAAACGAACAAAACGCAGCAGUAACAUUAUUGUCGUUCAUGUUGAGAAUUGAGGGGGUUUCAAGUGCUUUAAUUGCGGAGUCUAGACAUCGAAUUGAGAGGACAUUUGGGUGAAGUAGAGGGCUGGCGGACAAAGAGUGGACCGAAUACAUCCCAAGGAUACGAGAAGUUUCACAUACAUGCGUCCCCUUUUUGAACAUGACAGAGAAGACAAAGGACAACGGUGCUAUAUAAUUGUAUAGCCAAGCUAUACAAUAUUCUAUAGCACUAUAAAGCAAAGUUUUCCCUCAUAUGAAAGUUGAUAUUUGAUUGACUAUGCUCGAUUUUUAAAGAAACCGGUGGUUGAUUUUUUUUUUUUAUCGACUUAAUCCAUGAGAUAUUGACUUGGCAACCGUCCGGUCAAAAAGCACGUUUUUUACCUUGAAAUGCUGUGACCACAUUUUUGAAUGACUCAUUUCCAGUGAAACUGGUGUUUGAACUGUGGUCCGUGUCAGAUGUGGUCGGUGUUGCGGCCAAUGGGUACACGGUCCAGCUGACGCUGCCACUGAAUUCCCAGUUACACGUUGUUGUUUUUUUGACCCACACAACCGAAGGAGUUCGUUUAUAUUACGGAUAAUCUGUAUGCCAUUAUGAAUUUCAUAUCCAGUCGCAUUGCCCCACUUUGGCUGGUCCUGCUGGAAUGUGUGCUUCUGUCGACAGCAGAGGAAGAGGUCCUGAUGAACACCAGGACCGAGACUUCAGAUCUCAGGUGGACCAUCUACUCCCGUGACAACCCUCUGUGGGAGGAGGUGAGUGGUCUGGACGAGGAGAACAACAGUGUGAGGACCAAUCAGAUCUGCCAGACGGAUGGCUUGUCCAGCCAUUGGCUGCGCAGCGGGCUGAUCCAGCGGCGGGGAGCGUCCCAGGUGUACGUGGAGCUGCGCUUCACCAUGAUCGAGUGUUCGUCCAGUGUCACACACCACCGCAGCUGCAAGGAGACCUUCAACCUUUACUACUACCAGGCCGACUCUGACGAGGCUACACCCACUCACCCAUCAUGGAUGGAGAACCCCUAUACUAAGGUGGACACAGUGGCAGCAGACUUCCUGCUGAGGAAGGGCGGGGAGCGUAAGUUCAAUGUGAAGACCCUGCGGCUGGGGCCUCUGUCUAAGAGGGGCUUCUACCUGGCCUUCCAGGCACAGGGAGCCUGCAUGGCCCUGCUGUCUGUCAGGGUGUUCUUCAAGAAGUGUCCCGCCCUGGUCAGCUCCCUGUCCUCCUUCCCUGAGACCGUGCCCCGUACCCUCGUACAGGAGGCCCAGGGUGUGUGUGUGGACAACGCCGCCCAGCAGGGUCCCCGGCCACGCCCUCCCAAACUCUUCUGUGGAGAGGACGGCCAGUGGGUGGGCCAGCCCACUACCUCCUGUGGCUGUCUGUCCGGAUAUGAGCCCGCUGAUGGACACAGCCGCUGCUCAGCCUGUCCUGUGGGUCAGUUUAGGUCCGCCUCGGGGGGCCAGUGCCAGGCCUGUCCAGGGUUUAGCCAUGCUAUGGUGACGGGCUCACCUGUGUGUCAGUGUCGUCCAGGAUACCUCCGCGCUGACUCGGACACCCCAGACACCCCCUGCACCAGACCCCCCUCUGCCCCGCGAAGCAUCGUCACCCAGAUUAACGACACCACGGUGACCCUAGAGUGGAGCGAGCCCCAGGACAGUGGUGGCCGGACUGACCUGAGCUACUCUGUGGAGUGUUCUCUGUGUGGGGCCCCCUGGGGCCCCUGCUCUCCCUGCGGGGACAGUGUCAGCUACCGGCCCUCUCAGCGUGGCCUGCUAGGCCGCAGGGUGGUGGUCUGGGGCCUCAUGCCUCACACUACAUACACCUUCUCUAUCCAGGCCCUCAACGGGGUAACCCCGACCAACGGCAAGGGGGCACCCAGCGACAGUGUCAACAUCACAACCAGUCACGACGUUCCAGUUCUGGUGUCUGUGAUCAGGAAGAGUAUCUCUACAGAGAGCAGUCUGACUCUCCACUGGUCAGUUCCAGCCCAGCUGCACUACACCAUCCUGCAGUACCAGCUACGUUAUUGUGAGACGGAGCGUCGAGGUGAGGAGCAGGAGCAGUUGUGUAGCUACAGGGAGAGUGACAGUAACCAGGUGGUGCUGAGUGAUCUCCGCAGGGCCACUCAGUAUGAGGUGCAGGUCCGGGCUCGCACCAUGGCCGGCUACGGCAGCUUCAGCCCAGCAGCCUCCUUCCGCACCAUGCCUGACGGGCAUGACUCUCCUUCCCAGCUUCUGGUGACCGGUGUCCUUAUCGCCAUGGGGAUGCUGCUGCUGGUCACUGUCAUCACUGUCGCUGUCUUCUGCAUACGUAGACACAGCAGAAUGAAGGACCCAGAGCUGAGUGACAAAAACAGCCAGUACCUCCUGGGCCAAGGAGUCAAGGUCUAUAUUGACCCCUUCACUUACGAGGACCCUAACGAGGCCAUACGGGAGUUUGCCAAGGAGAUCGAUGUUUCCUUUGUCAAGAUCGAGGAGGUCAUUGGUGCCGGGGAGUUUGGGGAGGUAUGUCGGGGAAGACUGAAGGUUCCAGGGAAGAAGGAGAACUAUGUGGCCAUCAAGACACUGAAGGGCGGCUACACAGACAAGCAGAGGCGGGACUUCCUGUCGGAGGCUAGCAUCAUGGGCCAGUUCCAGCACCCCAACAUCAUCCACCUGGAGGGCAUCAUCACGGCUUCCUGUCCCGUCAUGAUCCUCACUGAGUUCAUGGAGAACGGAGCGCUCGACUCCUUCCUUAGGUUGAACGAUGGUCAGUUCACUCCCAUCCAGCUGGUGGGCAUGCUGCGUGGCAUCGCGUCGGGCAUGAAGUACCUGUCUGAGAUGAGCUACGUCCACAGAGACCUGGCCGCCCGCAACAUCCUGGUCAACAGCAACCUGGUGUGUAAGGUGUCUGACUUCGGCCUGUCCCGUUUCCUCCAGGAGAACUCCUCAGACCCCACCUACACCAGCUCUCUGGGUGGUAAGAUCCCCAUCCGCUGGACUGCCCCAGAAGCCAUCGCCUUCAGGAAGUUCACCUCAGCCUCCGACGCCUGGAGCUACGGCAUCGUCAUGUGGGAGGUCAUGUCGUUCGGAGAGCGGCCCUACUGGGACAUGAGUAACCAGGACGUGAUCAACGCCAUAGAGCAGGACUACCGCCUGCCGCCGCCCCCUGACUGCCCCGCCCACCUCCACCAGCUGAUGCUGGACUGCUGGCAGAAGGAGCGCUCGGCCCGCCCCCGCUUCGCCGCCAUCGUCAGCGCCCUGGACAAGCUGAUCCGCAACCCCGCCUCGCUGAAGAUUGUGGCCCAGGAGGGUGCAGGGCCGUCCCACCCCCUGCUGGACCAGCGGGCCCCCCCGGCCCCCUCAGCGUGUGGCUCCGUAGGGGAGUGGCUGAGGGCCAUCAAGAUGGAGCGCUACGAGGACAGCUUCCUCCAGGCAGGAUUCACCUCUGUAGAGCUACUGGCCCAGAUCACUGCUGAGGACCUGCUGCGUCUGGGAGUGACCCUGGCUGGACACCAGAGGAAGAUCCUGUCCAGCAUCCAGACUCUGACCAUGACCAAGAGCCCUGGCACCAUACGCUUCUAACCCCGGCACAAUUUACCUUGACCCCCGACCUCUGACCCAACACAGACACCAGCACGCACACAGCACAUCGUACACCCAUGGAUCCAGCCAGCACCCUGCUACAACCACACAGUCCCUGACCCUGGCACCAACCGGGCCCAUUCUUAGACGUGAAGUCCAUCAGUGACUGGGCGUAGUGACAGCACCUCAAGUUGAACUAAUUAUAGAUGACCUUCCCUACAACCUGACCAACCUGUCCUUGCUGAUCAGUCAAGUGAUCAGUCAGGCCUGGUGCUGAGGACUGGUAAGGAGGCUGCUGUGCUCUCUAUCCUCGAUGCAGUGAAAAUAAUGGAAGAGGUAAAAGCUUUAGGCAAAAAAUCUUUGUGAGGACCCAUUACACUUCUUUGCUUAUCUGAAGUUACGGGUUUUAUGCGCCCAACCAAACUUCUGGGAGAGCGUGAUCGUCCCCUUUUGAUAGGCUUGCUGGAGCCUCUCAGACUGCCUCUCUGGCCAGUUCACCCUCACUCCGCCUCCACUGCUUCACUGCCUGAAUGUUUACCUGUGGUCCUAAACAAACUGGUGAUACCAUGGGAGGAACAGGUCAGUGCCCGACGCCAAACCCAAGGACUAAAGUUGAUCUAUUGGUGUGUUUCGCCAGUGGCAGACGAGGUUACUGCAACAUGGAUUAAUAUGAUAUGAACCCAUGGGAAUUAUACGACGGUGUGGAGGGAUGCCAUCUGUUUCAGCGGACCCGGAAAACGUGUGUUUGGACUCUUUUUCGAAUCGGCCUCACUUUUUCCCCUGGUUUCAAAAUGGCCUUGGCUUUCCUCGGGUGUUAUGGGUAAUGUAGGCGUUUGGACCAGAACAGACUGUAGUCAUACAAGCCUUCUUUUCCUUAUCUUCUUCAGUGACAAUGUGUGACCCUCCUGGGUCAGUCGUGUGGGAGGAGGACUGAGACAUAUCAGCACUUUUAUAUAUUGAACAGACAGAAGUUGGGUUUUUAGUCAGUUCUCUGUCUCUCCAACCCUCCUGUCAGCAGCUACAUUACUUCCUGUGUUUCUCUUGGAGUAUGGCUGGCUGGCAUUUCCACUUCCUGUUGCUGCUGGACUGAGCAGAUCACUUCCACACACUCAGACUGAAGGAGGUCCCUGACCAUUUUUACUUGGGACUUUGACCAGGAAAAAUACCAGUCUGGCCUCUCAUUAUUUGGUUGAUAUUAUAGGUGGUCCGUUUUUCGUCUUGCUUGAGUGCCAUUGGAUCUUCGAUGUGGACUGAUGUCAAAAUGCCUGUUCUAUAAAGCAGAAAGCCCUCCCUGGGUUAUGUAGUUAGAUCUGCCAAUACAGAAGACUCUUCAGACGCCACCGUUUUCACAUGUUUGGGGAGAUUGUGUGGUUCCUUGUUAACUAAAGGAUUGUGGGAAAUGUGGUCUUCACAUUGAGGAUCUGUUAUGGAAACGGGAACCCCUCUUUUAUAAAGUUUCCAUUCAAAAUCAUGUAUAGAUAUGUGUGAUUUGAUUCGCCCCGUCCUUUCUGUGUGUAACCUGUACUCAGUCCCAAUAAAAGACACACCCCGGUGUUUAUCAUCGA